AUGAGCAUCCUCCCGUCUCCGCCGCACCCAGCCUUCUCCCCAGAGCCCGCCUUCCCCCACUACUACCACCACCGCCAGCUCGAGGCCAACAUGAAGACCGCACUCGCCUCCUCUUGGCGUGUUUUGGAACAGCCGCCACCGCCCAGUCUGCGCGAGAUCCUGGAGGCAUACAAAGCCAGAGGCGACGGCGACAGAGAGAUGCUCCUCGCCAUGCUAAACGCCAAGAGUUCUGAAGACCAACGUCUUGCCUCUAUCGCGACAUUACAUCGCACAAUGCUCGACAUGUAUCACGCGCCGCAUUCACAACAAGUCCAGCCUGUGAUCCCCCUUCACGUCCCCGACGCGCACCACUCCCAUCCCUAUUCGCAUGCCCACCACUUCCCAUCGCCCCCCGCCUCCUACCACCACUCGCCGCACGCGCACAUCCCGCAGCAGUUGCACCGCGAACAGCCACAGCAGGUGCGCCACCGCACCGACUCGGGCUCGUCCGCAAACGACGCGCGGGACCGGAGGGUGGCGUCGCCGUCCUCGAGCCAGCAGCCGCGCAAACGGCGCCGCACCUCCCGCUCGCCUCCCUCCCCAUACGAGUCGCGCGUCCACGGCUCGUCGUCCCAUGACGCCACCUCGGCGCACGACCUCCCCCUGUCGCCCUACUCCUCCGCGUCGUCCGCGCAAAGUAGCGGCGGGUCGCCCCGCUCGCGCGAGUCGAUGGCGAUAAACUCGCUGCUACUCACCUCGCACGCAGACCGCGCGGACGACACUCCGAAACGGAACACCAGCUCUGAGCGGAGUACGACGUCGGCCUCGCGCGACCGAUAAUCCGCCGACCCUGGUUUUAUCUUAUUCUCUUCGGUCUUCUCUGUACGAUACCUUAUGGUCCGCUCUUAUUUUGGUAGUGUGUGUGGUGAUCGACUGGGUGUGUAGGUUGUAAUGUUCCGAGCUUUCACUGUCGCACAAUCCCCCGCUGUCUUCGCAUGUAUCACGAGCCGUACAUCCUGUUGUACUAGAACACGCAUGGAAAUAUGACU